UGGACUUGCAGUGAUUAAAAGUUUCGUGACCAUCUUCGGAUUUAACCGAAAUGUCAAAGUUAUCCCUGUUCUUCAUCAUAUUUGCUGGAAGUUUAACAGCUCGUGUAUAUAUGGAAGCUACAUAUGAAGAGACGCAGUCAAAUUUCCAUAGAGAUAAGCGGCAGUUUUCAAAAAAGGAUUCUUUCAAGAUAAGGCGGCAGUCCCGUCACUACUUUGAAGAAAAUAACGAGCCGAUACAAGAUGGCUGUCAGAGGGACGAGGCACGUUACAUCGGCGAUGGCCAGUGCUACAAACUCCUGACGAAGGGCCCUUGCGCCAUUGACGAGUUCCUCGUUCUAAGUCGCAGGAACAACAGCGGUGUGUGUGAAGCUAGACUAUGUCUACCCGACAGAAUCUUCAUCCCUGAUUUCCAGUUAUGCUUCGACUUUCGGGAUCCAAGUCUCUGCCCUUCUGGGCGUGAACCACGCGUCGACCCUUACGGAUACCCAGUGUGGCCAAUGCAAAUUUGGCACCUUUGAUGUUCUGGGAGACGGGAAUUACCUCGAGGGACAAUUCUUGCGCCCCCAUUCUAUCAAGGACGUCCACUUGUUCCGAUGGAAAGGUACUUUGGUCCAAAGGUCAGGGGGAAGGUCUAGAAUGUUUAUCUGACCCUGCCAAGGCGACAACCUCAGAAGAGGACAUUACGAUAAGCCUCUUGUUCCUCUUCCAGACGGUAGAUGCUUUCCAUUAGGAUCUGAUAACAUUUGCCCUCCCAUGACGUGGUAUUCCCUUGCAUUAGAGACGAUGCGGGCGUGUGUGCAAGCCUCGAGGACUCGGGUUAUGAAAUCUUCGACCAGAAAACUUAUUCCGCUUUCAUCCAGACUUUCGGCUUCGAUCUCGAGGGAGUUUUUCCGUGCUGAUUUCGUCAAUGACGGCCGUGAACACCAUAUUUCCGUAGAUGACCAUUCAUCGUCCCUCUCUUAUGGUUUAGAAGCACACGUGGGAAUCUUGACGGUGAUGGUAAAAAAUCCGCAGGAUUGUAUGGUCUAAGUGAAAAUCAUCAAGCUCAGACGUUGUCGACUGCCAGUAGCCAUAAUUCUCUUGUCGAGACUGUUAGCUCAUUUAGGAGCAUACCGUUAUUUAACGCUUCUGCAG